AUGCUGAAAUAUUUAGAUGCUUACCAAAUCUGUCCAGAAGAAAUUUCACAUUCUGGAAUCAGUGUGACUUGGCAUCAAACACCAACAGCAAACAACAUAGAAUCGGAUCCGCUUUGUUACCGCAAUGAGACCUUAGUGAUGAGGAACUGUUCCAAUUCUGGAUGGACACCAAGUCUGGACGACGUCGGACCAUGUUUGAAAGUGGUUAAGUAUUUCGACAUUAAUUCGUGCCCACCAGGAUAUCACAAAAUCUCGGAAAAUAGCAAUGCGUACUGUUACCAAAUCGGUGAACCCUCCGCUUGGAACUCACCCUGUUUUGCAAGCGGUGGAGCCUCAGUUAUAACAGAUUUAUCUGCUGCAGAAAUUGAAUAUCUAUUAAAUUCCCUUAAAGCAACAAACACAUCUAGAUAUUUUUGGCUCCCCGCAAUGAGACAAAAACUAUUUCAUCCCGUAGUGUGGACCAUUCCAGGGCCGAACUGGGGUCAACGUGUCGAAGGAAGUGACUUCUUGAGCGUUAUCGCAUCGUUCUCAAAAAACUGUUUGGUACUAGACAUAGAACUUGGAUUGCUGCUAACUGAAGCAUGUGCUAAAAUAUAUCCUAGCUUAUGUUUUUACAUAAAUGACCUUUACUAUCCAACUCAAUGUCCCGAGGGAUAUCACUCAUUUAGAUUCAAACUUGAUAACGGAACCUGUUAUGGCAUUGAAAAAUCGGAACAAGCAAUGUCCUAUAAUGAUUUUAUUCGAGAAAAGUGCCCAAAACCCAUGUAUCAUAGUGAAUAUGAACUAACAAGAUUCAUAUUUAAGAAAAUCUCUGAAAUAUCUCGGUUACCGGAUGACGUUUGGUGCUGGUUCAAAGCAUUUGACGAAUCCCAUUUCCUUAAUACACCAGGCAAGGAAUAUGAACGAGGUGGUGGUCCUUUGAGCAUUGAGGAAUCCCUUUUCGGGGGUAUUAUAAACAACGCUGGUGUAUUGGGUUUGAUCAAUUCGAGCUCUUUACUGCCUUGUAUGGUCUGUGAAAUGGAAGUCAUUUAUGGGAAAACAGAAUUAAUGUUUGAAUACAAUGAAGUACAAAAACGAAUAUUCCUAACAGUUUAUUACCCUUCCGGAUUAUGGAAAUAUGACAGUAAUGACAAAGGAAUCCAAUGCUUUUCUGAUGCAAAGGGCUUUGUAAAAGUGGUCGAUGUGAAUGAUAUUCCAUUUAUCGAGAUAAAAUCUGUUUUAAAAGAAGAAAUCGACUUGGGUCAAAUUGAAAAAAUUGUAUAUAUUAUUGAUCUAGUUACCGACAGCUCUGCUCAGUACUGGUGUGAGGGGCAUACUAUAAAUUUUUCGUUUAUAGCAACAGAAAAAAUUGUAGCCAAUCCCAAAGGCGACAAGGUUCAUGUGUUUGCUCUGGUUAUCAAACAUUAUGUAUUACCUGACGAUAUUGAAGACUUAGAUAAUCUAACUGAUUUGAUAUCUAACGUUACAAAUAUAUUUUCAGCUAAUAAAGUUCUUCUGAUGGAUAUUUUCGAUUAUUCAUUAGAUCAUAUGAUGAUUCUAUUGCAUUUACAUGUGGAUAUUGAAGAUGUACAUAAAGAUGAAAGCCUUAAUAUCCAGGAUACAUUUUCUUCGUUACAACAUAAAGCAAAAGUGGAAUUACCGAAGUACAACUAUACUUUUGUAAAUUUAUCGAGUUCAAUUUACUGUUUGCCAACAACGUCAGGUGAUGCUAUUGAGCUAGACUGGGAGAUGACUCCUAUUGGUCACAUUUCAGCACCAAAACAAUUUUGCCUUCAAGCUAAUGGAUUACCAGUGAAGAGACGUUGCAUGGGAUCUUAUGUGUUGGGCGGACUGUGGGGAGCUGUAGAGGGUUCUUGUGAUAGCACUUAUGAACCAUCAAAUACAACGGCUUUCCUCUACUUAUUUGUAAAGAGGCAGAUGCCUGACUACACCUCGAAUUUUUUAACUGAUGGUCUUAAUUUUGUACUGGGUGAUACAGAUAUAAUAAUUCCUGCUGAUAUUUACUAUUUGUCGAUGUCUUUACAAAGUGUUUUAGAUCUUGCUGAGGAAAAUGCAACAUCUGUAGAUACCGGGGAUAUUGAUAAUAUUGCUUGGGUCAUGGAUAGGAUGAUGAUUCUUGAUUAUAAUUAUUUACGUUUAGCACAAACUCUUAAUUCAACCAAUGUCAUAUUAGAUUCGGUAAGCGAUAUUAUAGAACUGAUAGCACAAAGAAGUUUGAAUAACUCUAGUGAAUUAAAAGAUUUCUCAUACCAGAUUGCAUCAAAGCCUCAAUUUGCUGUUCAAAUAACGUACCCGGAAUAUAAUAACAUAACUGGCAUAGCGGUUAUCAGAAAUUCAAUCACAGAUACUUUUUCUGACAUGCUCAUUAAGCCAUUAUACAAAAACACUAGCUUGGAAGAAAUCCUUUCUCUUGAAAACUUAGAAAUAGCAACUUGGUUACCUGAAAACGUUUUAGAAACUCUGCAACUGAUCAGUAAUGACAGUGAUAACAAUUCUUUUAAAAAAGAGUUUUUGCAUGUAAUAAUCACGGUAUUUUAUAAUGACGCUAUUUUUCAAGAAUUAGCUACUAACAAACACGUAAUAAACAGUCGUAUUGUUGGAAUCUCAAUCCCCGACUAUAUGUCAAACUUAGAAUAUCCUGUUCCGCUUGUCUUUAAACAAAUAAAUCAGACAGGAAAGACUGAUUGUGGCUACUGGGACUUCCAACCACACUUUUUAAAUCAUCUUUUAGGCUCUUGGAAAAAACAAGGAUGUUUUGUAGUCAAAAUAAUUAAUGAUACCACUGUAUGUGAAUGUUACCAUCUCACUCAUUUUGGUCAACUGCUUCUCAUACCAAAUAGUGACAAUAAAGAUGACAUUUUCCAUCAAAGAAAACAUCACACUGCUUUGAACAUAAUAACUUUAGUCGGUAGUUUUAUGUCACUGAUAGGCAUUAUUGGUAUAUGGAUAACAGCAUUAGUUUUUAGCAACUGGAGAAAAAAAGCUGGAACAAAAGUUCUAUUACAGUUGUCAACUGCUAUAGCUCUACCUUUAGUAUUUAUUUUAGUGUUUAACUUAGAUUCUUCUAUGUUUACUCAAAUAGAUGGUAUGUAUGUAGUAGCUAAAAAUAAAAGACCUGUUUGUAUUGCUUUAGGGGCAUUGUUGCACUUUUCGAUAUUGUCCAGUUUCAUGUGGAUGCUGAUCACGGCCAUUUUACAAUUCAUUCGAUACGUCAGGGUUUUAGGAGUCAGUAGGCCGUCGAGAUUUAUGUGUAAGUUCACUUUGAUUGGUUGGGGUAUACCUUUAUUACCUGUCAUUGUUACUUUAGCACUUGAUGCGGAAAACUAUGUUCCUGAAUCAUCAGUGUUAAGAAGUAUUUGUUACCCAAAUGGCUAUUAUUUAGUUGCAGGUGUUGUACUGCCAAUAUGUAUAAUAUUGGGUAUUAAUGUUACCUUAUUCAUUUUAGUGCUUCAUGCAAUUUCUCGCGGCUCCGAUCAAAAAAUGAAAACUACGGACAUGGAUCUAGUCGGUGCACAGCUGAGGGUGUCAACAUUUUUAUUUUUCUUAUUGGGUCUAACAUGGAUUUUUGGCAUAUUUUCGUUUACAAACCAUUUGCUUUGGUCAUAUCUUUUUUGUCUGACAUCAACACUACAAGGUUUUGUAUUGUUCAUAUACUUCAUAAUAUGUGAUCCAAAUACACGUAACCUUUGGAUAACGUUGAUGAAACCACAAUUUAUAUCUAGCUCUUCUAGGAAUAGUAUUACAAGUAUAAGUAAUGGAUAAACUGAAAGGGGAUGAAUUAACACGCUUAUUUGAAUUAGUUUGUAUUUUAGUUUUAGUCACUUAUCCUAACUUUAAAUGUAAAUUAUUUUAAAAUAAAAUAUGAGUUAAUUUUCUG